CUUUUUCCUACGACCCCUCUUUUGUUUUUCUCACCCCACCACUAAUCAAUGUUCUCAGCUUACUUUUCCACACACACACACACACACACACAAAAGAUGAUCACUCGUUGCCAUUCUACAAGUUUAUCUUCCCUUCAUUGAAGUGACGAUACAGCCAGUUUACCUCUGGGUCUUCAACAAAGCUAGAAAUAUCAUUUUCUUUUUUGUGUUGCUCUCAGAACCUUCAAUUAUGCUGCCUAGUAUCCACUUUGCCGACUUUCAUGGUUAAGUAAAGUGAGUCCAGUCUUGUCCUGAAGGUUUGACUAAAAAAUUGGCUUAUCAGAGAAGGGGCUCCGACAUGCAGCCCCAAAGGAAGAUUUUACGGACUCAAACUGCCGGCAAUUUAGGGGAGUCAAUGAUGGAUAGUGAAGUGGUUCCAUCAUCUCUGGUUGAACUUGGACCAAUUCUUCGUGUUGCCAAUGAGGUUGAGCCUAUCAAUCCUCGUGUUGCUUACCUGUGUCGGUUUUACGCCUUUGAGAAAGCUCAUCGCCUGGAUCCCACAUCUAGUGGACGUGGAGUUCGUCAGUUUAAAACCGCUCUUCUCCAACGUCUUGAAAGGGAAACUGAGAUGACGUUGGCAACAAGAAAAGGAAGUGAUGAAGGGGAAAUGAAAAGUUUUUAUCAGCACUACUACAGAAAGUAUAUUGAGGCUUUGCAAAAUGCUGCUGAUAAAGCAGACCGUGCUCGACUUACAAAAGCUUAUCAAACGGCUGCUGUGCUGUUUGAGGUCUUAAAGGCAGUAAAUUUAACAGUAGCUAUAGAGGUGGAUGAUGAGGUAAUGCUCCCAGCACUUAUUGCAGUGCUAAAUACUAAGCUAUGCUCGUGUGUGCCUGAUGCCCUUUUGCUAGUUGUAUUCUUGAUGAUGAGGUAAUCUGAUCUAUUCUAGUCUCCAUUCAGAUUUUAGAAAAACACACCAAGGUUGCAGAAAAGACUCAGAUAUAUGUGCCUCAUAAUAUACUUCCACUUGACCCAGAAAGCUCACAUCAAACAAUCAUGAGAUAUCCGGAGAGACCACGGGUGAUUUUUUAAAGAAAUUGAAGAGGAGAUUUCUCAGCGCCAUUGCGCCCUUCACCGCAAAUGACCGCGCACAUCCCAACUGCCUCGUGUCAGCGCACCCGUGCACCAGCAGCAUCCCAGCGCCGCGACCUAGUAAAUUGCCGUGUCCAGCAGCCCCGACCAGGCCAUCAGCCUCGACCAGGCCAAGACCUAAGUCUCAGCAAGCCGUGUCGCGCUGGGCAGCCGCAGCACCGGUCAAUCCGAACAGUCCACCGAGCCGAACCGUGUUUGAUCGUGCGCGGACCGGCCUGUUCGAGCAUGUUAAAAUUAAAGCUUCCCGAGUCUUAGAAAUUAUCCGAGAACUCUAGACGAGACUAGAAAAGUUGAGAGAGAGUUAGAAGAAUUAUCUGUUUUAUUUUCUUGCUUGCCUUAAUUACUUGGCUUAGAUUGCUUGUUUAUUUAUUUUUCUGCCUGUUAAUCAAAACCCGUAAUAAGAAUUAAAUAAUUAAAUUGUAGAUUAAGAGGAAUCGAUCCCUCACAAAGAUCACGUGCAUAUGAUUCCAUUCAGUCAGCAUCAACAGAAAAAGGUGGGGUGUUUCCAUGCAAUAUAUACCUUAUUCCUUAUAAACGCAAAGUAUUAUAGAUGAGGUAUAUAUAUGAGUAUUAUUGCUUUAGCGUGGGCAUUUGAGUAUGAUCACCCAGUGCGUGGUAGAUAAAUUGGGUGUGCACACAUGAUCUAUACUCGAGGCGAGGUCGGUUAGCAUAUUGUAAAUCCCGCAGUACGAGCAGCAUCUCGUAUAUACAACAACAUCAUCUACCAGUUU